AGCUGUCAGCAGAUCAGAUCACUCGGUGCUCGGACCCUCGGCAGGAACGCACUACCUCGUGUCAGCCUUCACUUCUCCUCGGAUUUUUCUUACUGUUUUGUAGUUUGUCCUGUUUUAUAAUAUAUUUAUUGAACGUUCGACGACGGUUAUUUGUACGUGUCAUCCCGCGGGACGUUGUUAUUCGCCGCUAACUUCGCGUGCCAUCUCUCGCCAUCUCUGCCCGGAAGCUCGCUAGCGUUAGCCCCGUCAGCCAGCCAACAUUCACUUUCCAGGGAAACUCCUGAUAAAACGCUGCUGUGGACAUGGAUCAAACGGGAGUCAGUACAGAAACACCAAAGAGCCCGUGGGGGUCGGUGGCCCCGGCGGCUCCGUCCUGCUCUCUGGCCGAUGUGAUGAGCGAGCAGCUCGCCAGGCAGCUGGACGAGGAGAACAACGCCUUCCCAACACUCACUGAUCCCGGCGCAGAUCUGCUGCUGUCGGGGGAGGAUCCCGACACGACCAGCGACCUGAUGCUGGCCCAGAUGCUGCAGAUGCAGUACGACCGCGAAUUCGACACGCAGCUCCGCCUGGAGGAGAGGAAGUUCAACGGAGACAGCAAAGUGUCCAUCUCCUUUGAGAACUACCGCAUGGUCCAUCCAUACGAAGACAGCGACAGCUCAGAGGACGAGGUGGACUGGCAGGACACCAGAGACGACCCCUACAGAGCCGAGAAGCCGCAGACGACGCCCAGGAAGGGCUUCACAGGGAAGGGCAAGAACAUCACCACCAAGCACGACGAGGUGAUGUGCGGCCGCAAGAACACCGCCCGCAUGGACAACUUUGCUCCGGAGGUGCAUGUGGGUGAUGGCUUGGGGAUGGACCUGAAGUUGUCCAAUCAGGUGUUCAACUCUCUGAAGCGUCACUGUCAGAGCGAGCAGCGCCGCAGCGCCCGGCUGCACGACAAGAAGGAGCACUCCACCGCCGAACAAGCGGUGGACCCUCGCACUCGUCUGCUCAUGUACAAGAUGGUGAACGCCGGCGUGCUCGACAACAUCAACGGCUGCAUCAGCACGGGGAAGGAGUCGGUCGUCUUCCACGCCGACGGGGGGAGCCUGGAGGAGCAGCCCGUCCCGGACGAGGUGGUGCUGAAGGUGUUCAAGACGACGCUGAACGAGUUCAAGAACCGAGACCGCUACAUCAAAGACGACUACCGCUUCAAAGAGCGCUUCAGCAAACUGAACCCCCGCAAGGUGAUCAGGCUGUGGGCCGAGAAGGAGAUGCACAACCUGAGCAGGAUGAAGAAGGCGGAGAUCCCCUGUCCCGACGUGGUUCUGCUGAAGAAGCACAUCCUGGUCAUGUCCUUCAUUGGGACAGACCACGUUCCUGCUCCCAAGCUGAAGGACGCCAUGCUGGGCUCGGACGACAUGAGGAGCGCCUACUGCCAGGUCCUGCACAUGAUGCAGCAGCUGUAUCAGCAGUGUAAUCUGGUCCACGCUGAUCUGAGUGAAUACAACAUGCUGUGGCACGACAGCAAGGUGUGGCUGAUAGACGUCAGUCAGUCGGUCGAGCCCACCCACCCUCACGGCCUGGAGUUCCUCUUCAGAGACUGCAGGAACGUCUCCACGUUCUUCCAGAAGCGGGGUGUGAGCGAGGCGAUGAACGUGUACGACCUUUUCAACGCCGUGACCGGACUCAACAUCACCGUUUGUGAGGAGGACGAGGCUGCGUUCAUAGCCCAGAUCGUGGCGUUGGAGAAGAGGAACGAGGACCACGUGCAGCGGCGGGGGAAGAAGACGUUCCCGGUUGCCACGGACGACGGCGGCCCCCCUUUAAAACCCGACGCAGACGACUAACGGCCCCGCCCACUCUCGCCCUCGCUCUUCGAUCUCGCCGUGUUGAAACCGCUGUAAGGAGGAGGAGACAGACGCAGCAGGAGGAGGCCGCCGGGGACCCAGCGGCUCCUCCCCCCUCCUCCCGCCGCCGCACAUUUAAAGCGUCAGGAUGGAGCGCCCCCCCCUGGCCGGAGGAGAGCUGACACCCUCGCCUAAAUGAAUUUGUCUUGUUUUAGAUGUUGAAGUGGAGAACGCCCGAGCGCCGCCUCCGAGGCGGGGCCGUCCCCGCAGACGCGUCUCACAGGGGAUUCUGGGUAGCAGAGCGGAGACGGGUCGCCCGCUCUCGCUCUUCUUCUCUCGCUCGAUUUCAUCCUUUUACUGCUUCUUGCUUUCUUCUGCUGUUUUUUUCUCUUUUUUCAGUCCCAUUUUCUCCCCUUUCAUUCUCUCUCUCUCUCUCUCUUAUUGUCUGUUGUCCUCGCUCGCCCAGUCUCUCCAGAAGACACACACACACACACACAGACUGAAAAGUGCAUCCACUCAGCUUUAAAAACUAAACUGAAUUUCAAAAUAAAGGCACACCUCAUAUUUAAGUCAGGCUCCUGCUGGAAAGCCAAAGCUGUGUGCAUGAAUUUCAUUAUUUGAUCUAUUUUUUUUUUUUUUUUUUUUUUCAAUUUAGAGCUAGAACUCCAGAAGAUGCAUUUCAUGUUUCCAGUGUGAAACUGUUUAAAAAAAAAAAAAAAAAAAAAAAACAGGGAAAAAAAUUAUUUGGGAAAAUUGAAAAACCAAAGCUGCUUUAUGUGUGGAUCUGUGUUGGGUUUUUUUAUUAAGGUUUAUCUGCCUUGCUCUCUCUCUCUCUCUAUCUCUAAAUCUAUCUCUCUCUCUCUCACAUGUGGAUGGGGGGUCAAAGGUCACGCUGGUGUGGUUUGGUUAGCUGUGGCUGCACUUUGUCUUUCUUUCUUUCUUUUUUCUUUCGCUCAUUUGGAGCAGAGAUGAUUUUUGUUCUCCCGGUGAAAUCAGAUGAACUGAAGUGAUCUAAACGUAUUGCGCUGCGUUCCACUGCAGGUUGGAAAAGGUGAAAUUCCCAGCUGAGGGGUCGUAAUCCCACCGGUGCUCUCCGAUCCCCAGCAGAUCAUUUUUAAAGUUCACCCCACACAGCCGCUCUGGUGCUGCACACUGAGCUGAACAGCCGACCUGUUGGAUUUUUAAAGAACUCAGAAUUUCAACGUUUCUGACGUCCCUGGAACGCAGCGCAAUAUCGCUCUCUGAUGACCGUAAUAAACAUUUAAUUUAAUAUCCACUGUGUGUCAACUUGUGCUUCAUGAUGCCUGAGCUGUCAUUCAUAAAGUCACUCUGCAUACAGGAGAGUUUUGUUUGGUUUUUCUGGACGUUUAUUCUGGUUUAAUUUUUUAGACGGCCCAUUAGAGCCACUGCAGUGAGACGUAAACAUGACAGAGCCUGGGAAGGGGCGUGAUGUUCUGGAACAAAAAAAUGAGAAUAUCCAAGAUUUAAGUCGUAAAUUUACAAGAAAAAAAAAACUCACAAUUUUAUGAGAAUAAAACUCAGAAAUAUGGAACUAUGGUCAUGAAUUUAUGAGAAACCACUCACAAAUUCAUGGGAAAAAAACUUGGAAAUUCUGAGAUGAUAAAAUCACAAAUUUACAAGAAAAACAAAAAAAAC